UCCUGGCAUAUUUUCUAUCAACUUGUUUGAUCCCCGUUGCGAACUGGUGAUUGUUUGUGGCUGCAAAAUUUAUAAGCCCAUUGUGAUCGACAUGCGUUUUGGAAGACCAUUCACUGAAACCAAUUUUCCGAAAAGAAAACACUUCUCACAGAUUUUUCCUCAAAUUUUCCUACCGGUGUAGAAGCAUUUUACUGUUGUUCUACAUAUUCUGUCCUUUGUUUACCAAUCAUACUCAUAGACCAGCAAUCUACGUUUUCUGUCCGUGUGUGGAAUUGAAGAGCGAAUCGAGUGCAAGAGAAAAUUGUCAUGAUGGAAACACCACUCGAUGUGCUUUCUCGAGCGGCUACACUCGUUGAAACAGAUCCAAAAGAAGGUGACAUGGGGUACGCCAUGGGUGGACGAUCGGAAUCGCCGAAGGAGCUACCGUCACGCACCAACCGGCAGCGGCGGAGCGUAGAGAGACGGGAAGGUCCUCUCGUGAUGAGAUGCGGCGACGGUGGUGAUCACAAUCACAAGGCUACAAGCACGGCAGCGACAUCAACAAGGUGUGCCAGCACGCAGACAUUAAUCACCAGUGAGAUGGUAGGGAUCCCUGAGAUCAACCCAGACCUUCCUAUUCCAAGCAGCUCUGGUCUCAUGUCACAGGAAACCCUUCACAAGAGACCCUCAGCGACCAUCCCCCCACCACCGCACCCCUCCCUUAGACACCGUAACAUGCCCCAGCAGCUUCUACGCCCCUCGGUCAUCACCUGCGCCCCUGCACCCCUCCUGCGAGAACCCAACAGGACCGAUGGAGGACCGGUAGCUAUGGUUCCAGGCGCUGGGGCGGGGCUUGGUCCAGUACCCCCGUAUCUCAACGGAAGGGCGAGUAGCGCAGAGAGGUGGUCAGCUAAGAUGCCUCAGAAUCACUUACCUUUACAACCACAGAAUGCAGAUAUAGAUCCUGACAUUGAAGAGCAUUUCAGAAGAAGCUUGGGCCAAAACUACCGUGAGGCCUACUCCAGUCCCCCACCCACAGCUACCAGUCCACCUGCAGCCCCCUCCCCCACCCUCAGACAAUCCUCAUCACCUAAAGAAGUCAACAUCACAGGGUCUGUCGACGAUCACUUCGCCAAGGCUCUCGGAGACAAGUGGUCCCAGAUCAAGGACGUCAUUGAGCCAGUGUCGAACAGAACAUCGCCCUCUGUGUCCCCUUCCCUAGCCCUGUCGUCAUCGCCCGUCGUACAGCAGCAACAAGCUUCGGUGGCUUCAUGAACCAUGGAAAGGUGAAUACCAUCAGGGAACAACGUACGAGUCAUUGCUGAGAUGUGAGGUUGUACUCGGACAAUCAUCUCCAUUGUGCAAAGGAGAUUUCGACUCGCCGGUUCUGAAAUGUUCCAAGGCCCUGAAAUGUUACAAGUGUGCACACCAAGUACCUUUCUUGAUGUCAUGUUAAAACAGUCAUCUGAGCUACAGACUUUCUGACCCAUUCAAGUAUAUUCAUCUAUUUUGCCAGUAAUUCUUGCUUCUGAGGAGUCAGCAUAUCCGAUUUACCAGUCAUCCAAUACAGUUUGAGCACAAGAAGAGCCAGUUUAGUUGUAAUUAUUGUAUAGCAAUAUGAUGGGACUGGGGUCCAAGAAAAGUGAGUAUUGGGUGGAGUAGUUUGCUAUAUAUACAUAUGAGUAAUUGAGAGACUGGGAAAUAUUGUAGGUAUAGUGGCAUACACAUUAUACCAGUGGUAAAAGAAUCAAGUAUAAUGUGUCAAGCAAUUUAAAGAAGACAAUCGACAUGCUUUGUCAAGACAUGCAGUCAUCUCAGUUUGAUAAUUUUCAGAGUUUGAUAAAAGUUUGGACGGAUGAGAUCUUAGGCCAGUAAAUUUGCAGUCUACUAAGGGCAAUCAGAAUCCCUAGUAAUUGCAAGGCUGCACACUUCUUAACCAAGAGCUUUAUCCUGGGAAAAAAGAAAACCUAUAAGAUAACUGAAAUAUGGUGUGCUAUGUUUAAAUUGAUACCCCUGCUUGUACGAUGUAUCAUGUAUUUGCUACGUCUUUUUUCUUUAGUCAUCUGUUUUGUAAUUGUAGAGUGUAAUCCAAUUGGAGGAAGAUGUUGUCAUACUUGUACAUGUGGAUGUAGAUAAAUCAUGGAUACUGAAGGAAAAAUCA